AUGGUGUUUCCCUCCCUCUCCGGCCUCCUCGCGCGCCACCCGGUGCUCUUCUACGCCGGCACCUGGACGGCCGUCGCCACCGCCGCCGUGUCCGUGGCCGCGUUCGCGCCGGAGCUCGCCUUCGUCUGGGCGGUCACGCCGGGCGCCGGCGCGCCGCAGCUGCUGGCCGCGGCGUCGACGUCGACGGCCUCGGCCUGCCAGGGCGGCAUCGUGCUGCCGCUCGACGGCCCGCCGUGGGACGCCGCCUGCGUGCCCGCCGCGCUGUUCGGCAGGGUCACCCUCGACGUGGUCGUGCCGCUCGUGUUCGCCGGCGCGGUCGUCUCCACAGCUCUCUGGUUCACGAAGGCUGUCGGCGUGUGGGAGGACGACGACGGCAGCGAGGAGGCUGCAAUGGUGUGAGUGGCGCUGUAAUUCUAAUUCUGUGCCACUCAAUUAGAGGCCAUGCUUGCGAUGUAUGGAGUAGGAUAUUGUAUUUCUUGAUCAUUAGAUCAUUAAUGGCUUUAAUCCUUGAUCAAUAUCAUCAACUAAGAGUGAGUGAGUGACAAAGCAAUUGAAUUAAC